AAUUAAUAAACUCUCUUUCUAUAAAUGAAUUGGAAACAAGUUUAUGCUUUCUCUGAACAUAGAACAAAAAGAAGUAAGAUUAUUAAUAAAACUAGUUUUAUCUGGAAAUACAAAGUGCAAAGACCAUUAAUCUAAUAUUCAUAGCCCAAGAAGUAACAUUUUCUUUACUAUUUAAGAUAGCCAACAUUCUAAUAAAGGUACUAUGAUUGGCCUUUAGAGAAUUUCAAAAGAGCUUGUAGAAAGUUUAACUAAAGCUUUAACUCCUAAUUGUAGAGUUCGUUAGAAUUCUCCAAAACCAAUACUUUUAGAAUAAGCACAGAAAUAAAUACCAAAACCCAAUAAAGAACCUGAAAUUUUCAGAUAACCUUUAGAAUAAUUAGAAAUACUAAAGUCAAAUAAAGAAAUAGAAAAUGUUGAGUACAUUAAUUUUACUAAAUUUGCUGUAACUGUUUUCAUCAAAUAUUUUAGAGGAAAAUAUCCUAAUAACCUAUAAAAGAAAUUAGAAUUUCAAAAAAUGAAUAAAAAAUAACUAGAUAAAGAUCUUAAGAUUUUCAUUCAAAAUAAGAAGAAUGGUUAAGAAAAAAAAAUGAAAAAUUAUUGAAAUAAAGAUUAGAAUAAUAAUGUUAAUAAUAAAUGAAGGAAAAUCGCGUCAGUUUUCUUGAAAAAUCAUAGACAGAUAGAUUUUAAUGA